AGGGAUCCGUGUGGGGUACACCCCCGACGUCCUGACCGAUGCCACCGCAGAGCUCUCUGUAGCGUUGCUGCUGGCUGGGUGCCGCCGGCCUCCCAAGGCUGCUGCUGCUGUGGACCCGAGUGGUGGCUGGACAACAUGGAAGCCCUUGUGGAUGUGUGGCUAUGGUCUGUCUGAUAGUACGGUGGGCAUCAUAGGUCUGGGGAGAAUAGGACAGGCAGUUGCCCGCCGCCUCAAGCCGUUUGGGGUCAAGAAGUUUUUAUACACCGGCAGUCGCCCGAAACCAGAGAGUGCUGCAGAGUUUGAAGCUGAAUUCGUCCCACUCACGAGGCUGGCUGAAGAGUCCGACUUUGUUGUGGUGACAUGUGCCUUGACUCCAGCCACCCAGGAAAUGUGCAACAAGGACUUCUUCAGCAGAAUGAAGAAGACGUCUGUGUUCAUCAACACAAGCAGGGGGGCCGUGGUGAACCAGGAGGACCUGUACAACGCGCUGGCCCACGGCCAGAUCGCAGCAGCAGGCUUGGACGUCACGACGCCGGAGCCGCUGCCCACUGACCACCCCCUGCUCUCCCUCCAGAACUGCGUGAUUCUGCCGCACAUCGGGAGCGCCACCUAUGCCACGAGGAGCACCAUGGCAGUGCUGGCAGCCAACAACCUGCUGGCCGGGCUGCGAGGGGAGCCCAUGCCCCACGAGCUGCUGCUGUGA